AUGGGGGGAGUUCCCCCCGGCCCUCCCCCCAGACCCAUGGGUUCCGCGCCCCCAUCCAUGCACCCUCCCCCCGGCCCUCCCCCCGCCCACCUCCUCCGUCCCCCCCACCCUUCCCCCGCCCCUGGCGCUCCCCCAGGCGCCCUAGCCCCCCCCGCCCACCUUCCCCCAGGCAUGCGCCCUCCCCCUGGCCCUCCCCCUGGCCGUCCGCCUGUGGGCAUGGGGGGAGUUUCGGGGGGAGGCAUCCCCCCUCCGCCUCCCCCUGGGAUGAGACCUCCCCCAGGCCCCCCCCCAGCAGCAGCGCUAGCAGGUGUGGGUGGGGGGAUGGGAGGAGGAGACGGGGGAGGAGCGGAAGCAGGAGCGGCAGGGGGAGGGGGAGGAGGAGGAGCAGGGGGAGCAGGGGGAGCAGGGGGAGUAGGGGGAGCAGGGGUAGGGGGAGGAGGGGGAGGGGCGGAGGGUAAGCCUACUCCAGCGUAUGUGAAGGUGGCAGCACCGAUGGUGGUGAAACGACCGCUGGCCCAGCACACACCCGAGCUCACAGCCAUGGUGAGAGCACCUUCAUGCUAG